CUUCUCGACCUCCCAUCAUGCUAUUCCGAGCUGCGUGGGCCCGUCAGGCUGCGCCUCUGAGGCGUCAGGCUUUUGCUCCUCUUGCUCGCCGCUCUGUCACCACCGAUGCCGCCUCAUCGCAUGCUGAAAAUAUUCCGCAGGAGGAUGAUAAGCCCUUCACAGUCAGACUCUCCGAUGAGAGCUUCGAGACAUACGAGAUCGACCCUCCUCCAUAUGAUCUCGAGGUCACCAAGAAAGAGUUGAAGCAGAUGUACUAUGAUAUGGUUGUGACCAGACGCAUGGAAAUGGCCGCAGACCGUCUGUACAAGGAAAAGAAGAUCAGAGGCUUCUGCCACUUAUCUAUCGGUCAGGAAGCUGUUGCUACCGGUAUCGAACACGCCAUUACCCGCGACGACAAGGUUAUCACUGCCUACCGUUGCCACGGUUAUGCCCUGAUGCGCGGUGGUACCGUCCGUUCGAUCAUCGGAGAGCUGCUCGGUCGCCGUGAAGGUAUCGCCUACGGAAAGGGUGGUUCGAUGCACAUGUUCGCCCCCAACUUCUUCGGUGGUAACGGUAUCGUCGGUGCUCAGGUUCCCGUUGGUGCCGGUCUCGCUUUCGCCCAGCAGUACAACGAGGAGAAGGCUACCAGCAUUGUUCUGUACGGUGACGGUGCCUCCAACCAGGGUCAGGUCUUUGAGGCUUUCAACAUGGCCAAGCUGUGGAACCUUCCUGCCAUCUUCGGUUGUGAGAACAACAAAUAUGGUAUGGGUACCUCUGCCGCUCGUUCCUCCGCCUUGACCGACUACUACAAGCGUGGUCAGUACAUCCCUGGUAUCAAGGUCAACGGUAUGGAUGUCCUUGCCACCAAGGCUGCCGUCCAGUACGCCAGAGAGUACACUAUCGCCGGCAACGGUCCCCUGGUCUUCGAGUACGUCACCUACCGGUACGGUGGCCACUCCAUGUCCGACCCCGGUACCACCUACCGUAGCCGUGAGGAGAUCCAGCGCAUGCGCAGCACCAACGACCCCAUUGCGGGUCUCAAGCAGAAGAUCCUUGACUGGAACGUCAUGACCGAGGAGGAGCUCAAGGCUCUGGACAAGUCUGCCCGUAGCCACGUCGACGAGGAGGUUGCCAUUGCCGAGCAGAUGCCCGCCCCCGAGAACAACCCCCGCAUUCUGUUCGAGGACAUCUAUGUUCGCGGCAGUGAGCCCCGCUGGAUGAGAGGCCGCACUGUCGACGAGACCUUCUACUACUAAACUCUUCCCUUUCGAUGUCUGGCAAGCAGGAGUUGGAGAGAAAAGUUGUAAACUCGGAAAUUGGCAGGGUCAUAUGAACCACCCCCCUACAGCACGUCUAGUAUAUGUAAUUUAGCCCGGAAUUA